UUAGACCUUCUCCCCACAUACAAGAAUAGGCAUAGCGCAGACGUACGACACCGUCGUUUUUAAGGGUUAUCCAGAUCAAACAGCUCUCAGGUUUCAUGGUUGAGAGAAGUGAGUCGUCGUUUGGCUGAUUCCUCUCUCGUGUCUUUCUCUGUUCAAAGCUCUUUUUGGUGGUAGUCAUGGAGGAGAUUGGUGUAACCAGUUGUGAACCUGCUGAUGGUUCUAUAUUACUAAUGGAUGAGAAUGCGAGCAAUCCUGGACCAGUUGAUGCUUCUGUGCUAUAUGAUCAAGAGAACCAUGUCUCCUCAGCAGUAUGGGAUGGACAGGAACGUGGUGUCCUGAGAUGUCAUGAACACACUUCAAAGUUGGGUGAAUGGAGGCUUACACAGAAACAGAUUGAGCAGGUGGAGAUGGCUGGAUUUGGUUAUUUAAGAAGGAUUCCUUCUAUUAGUCUAGACAAUCCACUCAUUUCUGCCCUUAUUGAGAGGUGGAGGAAAGAAACAAAUACCUUUCAUUUGAGGGUUGGAGAAAUGACUAUAACACUGGAAGAUGUAGCUUUGUUGCUUGGGCUGGCAAUUGAUGGAGAACCUGUUCUAGGUGUAACUUAUACUUCAUGCAAACCAAUUUGCGAGAAGUUUCUAGGAAAAGUCCCUGAUGCUGGAUACAUGAGCGGUGGGAUGGUAAAACUAAGUUGGCUGAAAGAGUAUUUUUCCCAGUGUCCUGAGGAUGCACCACUAGAAGAGAUUGAGCGUCACACACGUGCUUACCUUUUGUACCUUGUAGGGAGCACAAUAUUUUCAACUACUACUGGGAAUAAAGUCCCUAUUAUGUACCUCCCACUUUUUGAGGAUUUUGAAAAAGCAGGGAACUAUGCAUGGGGUGCAGCAGCGUUGGCUUUUUUAUAUAGAGCACUUGGCAGAGCAACUCUUAAAUCACAAAGUACCAUCAGCGGUUGUUUAACACUACUACAGUGUUGGAGUUAUUUUCACCUUAAUAUUGCUCAGCCAAAGUUCUAUCAGGAUCCAGUUCGUGAUUGUUUUCCAUUUGUACACUGGUGGAAGGGAAAACAAAGUGCUGCAACAGUGAAACGUGACAUAGUCUUUUAUCGUAAGGCAUUGGACUCCCUAAAUCCAAGUGAUGUGGAGUGGCUACCUUACAAUAAUAUUGACAGUACAUUAAUACCAGAAAAUGUCAGAAGUAGUCUGAUUCUUGGUAGAUCAAAAACAAUGCUAAUCUGCUUUGACAAGGCAGAAAGACACCUCCCAGAUCGUUGUUUAAGGCAACAUGGCAUGCAUCAAGGAAUCCCAAAAGAUGUGCAGCACUGGGAGAGAAAGAGUCGUGGAGUUGACAGUGGGAUACAUCUCUCAGGGAAAAUGGAAUCAGAGCUUAAUGAAUGGUCAGCCCGUUACCACCAUAUUGUGCAAGAUGAUGAUGGCGUUGAUGAAAUUGAAUACAUGAAUUGGUAUUUAAAGAUUACACGUAAGUUUGUAGGAAGGCCACUGUCUCCCUUGCCUCAGAUCCAGAGAACAGUAAAGUUCAGAACCAAAAAGAAGAGAAUGAAUUCUAGCUUAAGAGAUAUUGCACAUAUAGCAGAUACGUUUGCAACUGAAGGAUUGGAUCCGAUGCAAAUGGAGUCAAUAUCAAGGAUCAGGGCUAUCGUACAUGAUUGUUUGGGCGACCAGGUUGGAAGUGCAUCUGCAAUCACAGCUGUUGCUGCACCAGCAGCGUUAGCCGCUCCUCAAGUUGAGCUUGGCAAAAGAAAAAGGGAAAAGGAGCGGGUAAGAAGGAACACCAAGUCUAAGGGUAAACGUAAAAGGAAAGAGGAAUCAAUACAAUAUUUUACAACUAGGGAGGUGAACCCAGUUCAUUUUUAUAGUGCAGCAUUCAGGGCUGAUCCAUUGCAUUUAUGUUGCCAUUGUCAUGCUUUUAGUCAUCAGGUUGCUAUUAGUCAGGUUGAACAUUUACAUAAUAAACUUGGGAAAAAGGCGAGGAAAAAGGAGAAAGCAAGAAAGAAGUCGAGCAAGAAGACAAGCCGGAAGCACAAGAGAAAGGAUAGAGUAAAAUGCAAUGCAGAUGGUGAGGAUUUUGAAUAUGAAAUUCAGAAUGCAGCUGGCCAGGAUAAUUUGAUGCAUUCAACUUGUGACACUAGCAAGGAUUAUCAACUGGAGCAACUUCCUGCAGCUGAUGAGGGUGGAGGUUCACAACCAUGCCAUGCUGAUGGUGAGUUUGAUGAUUCACAACCAUGCCAUGCUGAUGGUGAAUUCAAUGAUUCACAGCUAGGUCAUGCAGCUGUAGAAGGUGAACAACCAGGAUCUUGUUGUGCUGCGGGCGAAGCUGGAGGGGUAGAGUUGACUCAGCUUGACGGUGAGUUUGAUGAUUCACAACCACACCAUGCUGCUGUAGAAGAUGAACAGUCAAAGUCAUAUCAUACUGUAGGUGAAUGUGAACGAGCAGAGUCCAGUCAGCCUGAUGGUGAGUUUGAUGAUCCACAACUGCACCAUGCGGCUGUAGAAGGUGAACAAUCAGAGUCUUAUCAUGCUACAGGCAAAGGAGAGAAUCAGGAUGCAAACAAGGUUGCUGACUCAAAUGAUACUGAUAUAGCUCACGAGAUUAAUGACUUGAAUCUUUCUCCUGUUACUGGUGUGAGUCUUCCACAAACAACACAAGUUGUAUUGGAGGUUGUUCCAGGGUCAUCUAAUGAACCUAGCAAGGAUGUCAAGUAGCACAUGGAUGGAGGAGAUGAACUGUUGAGUGAAGGUACUUCUCACUCUUUCAUGAGCUUUGCGAGAUCAAGUCUGGCAGGGGUUGCUUCUCAACUGUGUGCACUUCUUAUACUGCCAAAUCUGAUUCUUGCAUCGCCAAUUCUGUUGGUCACCACGCAUUUUCUAAGAUUUAGAUCGUUAUCAUUGCAGGGAAUCAUAAAAGUUGUGCCACCAAUGGUAGCUUAUGAUCUCAUGUUCACUUGCGAUUUUCGCAUAAACUGAUCAACAUAUGAUCUGUUUUACCAUCUAUUGUAUUUAUAAAUCAGUUUAACGUAAUGUGGAGAGUGCAUUUAGAAAGAAACUAGAAGCCUGUGUGCUCCUCCACAGGUACUGUGUUCAUAUUUGAUUCCUUGAAAAUGGGCACUGUUAUGUUUUCUCUAUCUUAGUUAUACAUCUUAUUUAUAAUUGUCUUUA